AGAAAACUCACUAGGAAUCAAUAGCAAGAAGUUCAAGUUGAAAAAAAGAAUGUACACACCGCGCGUCUUCAAUCUGUUCUUGCUCUGCUUUCUCUCCGUGUUUUCGCCCUCCAAUCGCUGCUGCUAGCGGACCUGCACGCCGGCAAAGAUGACUGACCCUUCCGCAGACGACCAGAAAAAAUCCAGGCGGAAGCGACCGGCCCACAUAGAAACCGCCCCGAGCGACCAACCGCCCGCCACCGCGGUGCGGCCGCCAAAACCUCCCGAAGCGGACUCGCCGACAAAAAAAUAUGAAAAACAAAGACCGCCGAGUAUAGUUUAUUUGAUGUCGCUAAAAUGUACUUACCAGCGUUUGUUUGAUGGCGUUGUUUCAAUGUUGCUACUCAACUCCUAUCUACUGCGUUUUUUUUUUAUCCCUAGAGAGGACGCGCUUUCACAACCCCCUAAACGACUAGGUCCCUCCCGCGCGAAAAAGCAGGGAGAGCAAUCGGCGCGGAGCGCAGCGGCCGUGAAACUGGAAAAGUGGAGCGACUGCAUGCCACUGCUGAAGGCCGAGGCGUUUUUUCUCGAGAAUAGUAACUACCUGACUGACCACCCGUUUAUACGGGACGCCAGGAACGGGAAACUGUCCACGAAUCGGGCACGAAAGCUUGUCGCAGAGAGUUUUUACGUCGUGCGGAGUGACCUUCGAACUUUCACCGUGGCGUACGACUUGCACCAAGGCAGGAAAGACGAUACGGUGGGAAAGUUUUUCGAGUUUUCCCGUAUCGCGUGUCAGUUCGCGGCGGACCACCUGAAGCACUUUCAGAAAGCGUUGAAGCUGAGCGACGAAGAGAUGGAAAGGUACGAACCGUCGCCAAGGAGCCAGUGCUACACGGCGUACACCUCCUGGCUGGUCACGCACACCACGCCGGCGAUGAUAGCAGUCUGCUACGCGCUGCUGUAUCCAGUGUGGGCGGAAAUGUGCAAAAACAUCGUAGCGGCGGUGCAGGCGAAUCCAAAGUAUAGUUACUUUUUUUGGUUUUUGUGACACGAAUGCUUUUGGCAUCGAAAGCGAAAGCCGGGAAGUGCAGACUCGGGUAAGUGCGUUUCCUGAAUUGGUCGAACUAUCAAUACCUCCCAGGUAUCGCCUUUCCGAUCAUGACAUCACUUAUUUCCGGUUCUACGCCGAGGCGCUGGAUGAUAUGGACCUGUUGGUGAAGGAGUUGAUGAAGGGCGCUGACACGGAUCACUUGAAAUCCUGGCCGUAUAAACGAAUCAAGGACAGUGUGCGCGUGCUCCAGACCUAUCUUGUAGAAUUCUGGGACGGCAUCUAUCACGGUGCGUAUUGUGCCUGAGGCUGUAGUUGUCUUCAUGAAAUUAACUACGUCCACCAAUAAAUGUACUCACUUUAUAACCCUUGGUUUAGGUCGCGCGCGAUCUUGUACAAUAGUCGAUGGAGCUGCUGCAGCUGUUACAGCAAUCUCGCUCAGCGUUGAAUGCCGUUGCGAAAGACGCAGUCUAGUCUUGUUGUUUUACUGAUUUUGGAGCGCAGAAUU